GCCGUGCCUGUCGGGGGGCUCCUUCGCCCUCUGAGAGACCGGACGAGGCUCUCCUGGCUUCCUGCGAAAGCCAGCUGCUUUCCGCUCUUCUUCUCGGAGCGGCGUGUUACCUUGGGUGUUGUCCCUGUUUGCAGUGUCAAGUGUGUAGGGUUCAAAGGAAAAAUAAUGAUUUGAACUACCUGAAAAAGAAAAAAUAAGUUUUUUUAAUGGGGGAAGGGAAGAGGUGGGUGUGCUGUGAAUGUAGUUGCCUUGUCACAGCCAUAAGGAAGUUUGCUGUUAGCAAGGGAAAAAAAACUUAAGUAACUUUUAUAAGACUUGCUUUGUUUGCCAGCUUUUGGGAGCAUACGCUUAGUUAUUUGUAAAAGGACUUUAAAUGAUAGUUCUUGCAACUUGUCCAAAAUAAAAAGUUUGUGGAUUUGUGAAUUAGCCACCUUGUUAACUGUCCUACCAUAGGAGAAAAUAUCACAGAGGUAAGAGAUGGUAUCUUGAACGUAUAGAUUCUUACAUAUAGAGAUAUAUCUUAUACCUUAAAUAUGGCAAGUUUCCCAUUGAGGAGUGUUAACUUUGUAAGUCUCUUUAGUAGAUUUGGGGAAAAAAAUUAGCCUGGGCUAGAGUGGACCCCCCGUGAUUCUUUGUCAAGUAACCCAAGGAUCUGUAAUAUCUUGCUGAUUCCUGGAAAUUAGUACAGAGUCCUUGGAUUUGAGGUGCAUUAAAGUAGUCCAGACCUAGCAAAACACUGAUUUGGAUUCUGUGAUAUGUGAAAGCAGGGUUGCUUGUGUCCACGGCUGAGCUGCACCUAAAAGCAAUAUGUGAAUUGUAUUGCGCCUAACUUAAAGACACUGGAGCCUAGACAGUUGUGUGUAUGUUAUGGAAACAAUCUGUAAUUCGAAUAAUUCAUACAGACAGACUGAAUAUUGAGUAUAUGUGAAAAUUAUUGUUUAUAGGGUACUUAGUUGGUUUAAUGAUUAAAAAUAGCAGUAAAAUUUAGCAGCAAAUACCUGUUAUGUACUACAUUUACAUGUCUGAAUGCGUUGUUUGGGGGUUUCUUUUAAACGUAAUUUAACUGUCACAUGAGCACUCUAAAUUCUCUGUUUUUCUCCCUUCUUUGGUCUAUAUGUAGAAGGAUCCUUAUUGACACUGGGGAGCCAGCUAUUCCUGAAUAUAUUGGCUGUUUAAAACAGGCACUGUCCGAGUUCAACAUCUCAAUUCAAGAAAUCUUAGUGACUCACUGGCAUCCUGAUCAUACUGGUGGAAUACUCGAUAUCUGUAAAAACAUCCCGAAUGACUCUGAAUAUCGCAUCAGUAAGCUUCCACGUGUCCCUCAUCGUGAAGAAAAAAUAGGAGAAGGGGAACAUGAGUAUUCCUAUCUUAAAGAGGGAGAUGUAUUACAGACAGAGGGAGCCACGCUCAGGUAAAUGUCAAUCUCUGCAGUUUUAUAUACGCCUGGGCACACUGAUGAUCAUAUGGCUUUACAUCUAGAAGAAGAAAAUGCUUUAUUUUCUGGUGACUGUAUUUUAGGAGAAGGAACAACAGUAAUUGAAGACCUGUAUGAGUACAUGAACACUUUGAAAAGACUAUUACAAAUGAAACCAGAUUUAAUAUAUCCAGGUCAUGGCCCAGUAGUACGUGAUGCAAACGCUAGAAUUCAAGGAUACAUUUCUCACCGAAAUGCACGUGAACAGCAAAUUAUAGGUGUUUUCCAGAAGAAUGCUGGAAAAUCAUAUACAUCCUCGGAGCUUGUAAAGAUGGUAUACCAGGACAUUCCUGAAAAUUUACUUAAAGCAGCAGAAAAUAAUCUCAUAGUUCACCUGAAGAAGUUGCAAAAAGAAGGAAAAGUGUUACAGGAGGCAAACUUCAGAUGGAGAAACAAUUUGUAAAUUACCAAGGAUUGCUCAAGAUUUUUCUCAGUCUGCACAGUGGCUACAUGAAAAAUGCUCGGAUAAUAUGUAAAAUUAAAACUAAUUCUUCUUCCAUUUAAGAAAAAAAAUGCUAACACAAUUUUAAAGCAGUGUUACAGGCAAUUAAGCAAUGUUUUUCAUGUUCUACUUUAUGGGAAUUUAAAAAAUAACCUGAUAGGUACUGAGUUAAUAAAAUUAAAUUAGUGUGAAGGACUGCAUGUUACCUCUGUUAUAAAAUACUCAGCUUUAUCAUCAGAAGCAGAAGACAGACAGCAAGGCCUGUAAAAUUAUAAAGUUAGUAAGUCAGUGAUGUAAAAAAUCUCUAGUAAAAAACAGAAAAGAUUUUAUUUUAAACCUAUUUUCAUUUGCUUGUGCAUUUCAAAAAGAGAACAAGUUAUCAUUUGUAAAAACAAAAAUUACUUGGUUUUUAGAAAACGGGUGUAAAUACUGUUUCUACGUUUCCUUUUUUAAUCUAGCUGCCUGUGUACAUCUUUGCUGUUUAAUCAAUGCAAGAACUAAGAUAUGUUUGAACAAAUGUUGGAAAUUCCAGAUUUCUGUGUUUUCUUAAUUUAAAUUGCAGUUCCUUUUGCAGUGUUUUUUCUUAAUUUAAGAAAACACUAAUUAAUAAAUUUAUAAAGUUAAUAAACUUAAUUUGCAUCUUCUGAAUUGCAGCUUCUUUCUUCAGGAAAGAAGCUGCAUCAGUGAAAUAGUACGGUUUUCUGCCAUGAGGGGAAGCCUGAGAAUCUGAAGUGCUAGGUUAGAGCUGGUAUUGGGAGUGUGUUACAAAAUCUUGAUGUCUUAUUACUUUCCUGAGCUAUAGACAAGAAAACUACUGGCAGGCGAAUUGUCACUGAAUGAUUUCUUCUGUUUUACUGUACUUACUUUAAAUAUGACAGACUGGCUUUAGAAGCAAGUUAAGGUAAUCCUUUGGAAUCCGUAGUCAGUGAAGAAAAAGGUAUGAUACAAUUUAGAGAAUUACAUGUUCCUUUUUGUGCUUCAGCAAGCACCUAAAAUUUUGGGGAGAAAUAGCAGUUUAACCAGAGAUAAAUUGUAGUGCAGUCUCUGCUUUUAAUAUCUCACAGACGUGAUAUAGAAGCGUAAAUGACAACUUAUGUACAGUGAAGAAUACUUAUCUGUUAUGACAUGUUAUAACAGUCCUAGACUCCUUGUUGACUGUUAGAUUUUACAUCAGAAGGAAUGUUUAUUUAAAAAUGUAAUAGUAAUGUAAGCUAUGUGCCAUGCAUAUAUAACAGUGGGGAUUAGCCUGUUUACAUCCAGUACAUGGAAUGUAUUAUCUGUGCCAAAUGCGUUAAAGAUGAUGAGACUUCUCCCGUUUUCCAGGACAGAAGGGUAAAUUUGGUUCAAUGCAUUAACUGUCCAAACAGCUGGGGAUGGAAGUUGGAAGGAGCAUGGACUAGGUUUCCAGGCACCUUCCUGCUAGCUAAUUUUAAGAUCCUGUCCCAAGAAAUAGCAUACAAAAGAGCUAGGAAAGAAGUUAAAUAUAACCAUUUUAGUUUAUUGUGUUUCUUUCCAACUUACUAGUUUCCUGUUUGUUUGUUUGUUUUUGUUUAAACCUCAUUCUUGGUUAUGUCUUUAGGCAUAGUUGGUGAUGAGUGAAUUCAGAAAAGGUCAGCAAAUAGGAGGGGCAUUGUUCUGUAUGUAUCUGUUACUUCUAGUGUAGUGAUGUGCUUCCUGACAAAUUCUCCAGGGUCUUGCAACCUGAAACAUUUCAGGCUAUCAGAAACUUCUUUCCUAAGUGACAGGAUCAUUUUGAAACCUGAAGUCUUUCUUUCCAGAUUUCACUAUUUAGAAACUUGGCAAGCACAGUCCAGCAUCCCAUAAGCAAGAAGCAGACUGGAUUGACAGCUGACAGUCUGAGGUGUUUUACAUCAUUACACUUGGCCUAAAGAGCCUUAAGAAACAUCAUGUGGCACAAGAGGGAAUUCCAGCAAAUGGAAGGUGUGGAAACUGUUCAGAUGAGGCAACAGGUGGCCCUGUUUUCCUUUUGCAGUACAGCAGUUUAUACUGCAGCAUCAGGAUGAACACAAAAACAAGUUGAAAGCAAGAAGGUGUGUGUGCCUGUGUGAGAGGAAUGUAGCCAGCUGCUCAAGGCAUUUGGUGAUUACAGCUUGAGAAAAGGAUGUUAUCCCAGUCUGUUAGUUAAAUUCUGUGCCUUACAUUCUGUGGAGAUGACCUGAUUUCUUUUUAGGCUGAGGUGGGAAAUAGAUUCAAGACUACGUUGCAAAAAGGAUUUUAAUUUUUUUCCCAUCCCAACCAAAUGUAUUUCACUUCUGCAGUAUAUUACAUCCAUAUCUAUAUGGUCUGCAGUUAGGGAUAUACUUCUAUAAUCAUUGUGGAAAUAGUGUUCUUUUGACUUUAGAGUUGCAAAAUAUUGGCAUGGCCAAUACCAAUAUUGGAGGGAGGGAUUUCUAGGGUGCAAAACAUCGUUAUUGAAAUAGGAAUGCUUGUUCAAAGUCAACUUCUCUUUCUAUAAAUUAAAAAAAAAAUUUUUUUAAAGCUUUGGUGGAAGAAAUUCUUGUCAUUUUUAGUACCUUGGAUCAUUUCCAGAAACCAAGGGUCCCUGUCUCCCUCCCUUAAUAAAUUUCUAUGGUAUUUCCUGAGCAUCUUCACAGCUAGCUUUAUUCAUUGCAGUAUACCUGUUGUUCCGAAAACUUUUAAUUUCAAGCCUGAGCCUGAUUAUAAGUCUGGCUUUUAUUGACAAAUCUCGUUCAAACUCCUAACCUGCAUGCCAACUCAGAGCCAUUAUUCCUGUGUAUUGCAUGUUUAAAAAAAAUUUUUUUUUCCUUUUUUAUAUAUGAAAGAUACUGCAACUCUGAAUUGUCAGUCCGCACAGCUCCCAGAUUAAGGAAUGCUACAGCUUUAAACCUGAGUUUCAGAUUUAACAGCAAUUAAUCAUUGCAAGAUGUGUUGCCUUAUAUGAUAGUUCUGUUCUCUGAGAACCAUGUCGUUUUGCUCUUUUUAAGCCAGUGAAUUCUUUUUCUUCUUCCCGCAUGUAUCGAUCACUAUUCCCUCAUAUCAACUUUAUUGUAUUUCCCAAUUCUUAUCUUUGUCAGUUCUUCCUUUCCUGCUUGUUUAAUGCGAUUCAUUCUAAACAGAGAAACUUUGAUCGUAACCCAUUAAUUCUAAAACCCUAGCCUACUUACCACUAAAGUGACACAGACUUUUGAACAUUUCUGUAUUUUUUUUUAUCAUCUUACAGUUAAUAGGUGUCAAGGAAAGUUACUUUUAGGAGCAAGAGGCUCUGAGGCAUUUUUGUCCUACUUCUGUGUCUUCAUUCCGACACACAACAUUUGGUCUAGUAUUCUAAUAAAAGAAAUACAGCAGAGAGAAAUUAGGAAGACAGGUGUUUGAUGGCUAGUGUUUUAAAGCAGAUGAACUGUUGCCUUCCAGGAAAACAAACUUGUUGGUUUUACGUGUAGGAAUAUCGAGGAAAUAGUCCACACUGAAGGUUAGAGUGACAAUUUUGCUGAAAUGUUACUGGAAAAAUU